AUGCGCUACCAACAAGGUGAAGAAAGAGAUAGGGCUGACCAUCUUAACGAGACCUUAUAUGACAUCCUAGAUGACGAUAUCCUAGAUAACGAAGAUAUAAGAGAAGAUGGUAAUAAUGAGGAGCCUAUACUUCCAACUAUUCAUGAAGAUGAAGAUAAGGAUAUGCCGUCCUCGCCACCAAUGCCUAUCCAACACGCUCGGAAGACUGGAAGAGAUUUACUUGAUAUCUUUCAAGCUACUCGUCAAGACCCCAUAAAUACUUUAGAUAUUACCUCGAUGGGUAGACAUCGACGUCCGACACUAUCCCCCGUAAACCAAUUCAGCACCUAUCUUGCAUUCAGCAAGCGCACCCCCGGCAACAUGUUGCCGAUGACAAUGUAA